UCCUUUAAUCGCUAAUUGUAUGUCUUGUUUGGGUGCCCAAGGAUUCUAGUGAACGGGGGCAUCGGGCGUUAUCUCCAGUGACAGAAAAAUGGAGCUCCCCCAUGUCAUCGGCGAGUCACGGCUGGUCUUAGUGCUUCUUGUCACCAAUAUCAUCAGGGAUGAUUUCGGGGGUAGCGGCAGGCAGGGAUAUCAAGAAUUCUUUGUUGGGCCAUCUGGACCAUGGGUUAAGGCUCGAUGGUCCACAUCAUUCCUGACACCUGUUCUCUACCUCCAGGUGGUCCCUCAUGCGGUGACAAUCUUUUCCUUUUUUCUUCUCCUUCCAAUCAUCGCAAUGUUGAUCUCACCACCGGGCUGCGGUCAAUACACACAUGUACAUGGUCAAUCUCUUUAUAUGGCAUCAUAUAUGGCAUCAUAGCUGGAGAGUUUCUUGUGCAAAUCGGACUACUGCUAUCCAUGGCAUGAGGCACAUACAAAU